CUUCGGUGCGGUUGCUUAACCGUGGAGGACAUUACAAAUAAAUAUAAGUUUCCGUUAUAAGGUUACUCCAACCAUUUCCUCUUUUGUCUCUGAUAAUACAUGUAGCUAGCAGGAUAUAUUCGCAUUGUUUCUCCAGAAAAGAUCGCAUCUCUAAUCAAUACUCCGUGGGGUUUCGGUCUUUUGCACUGACUGUGCAGUAUUGUGGUAGUCAAGAUGAAGGGGACAUUGGUGUGGUUGUGCAUAUUUCUGUUCAGAAUCGAAAGAUCAUUCUGCGAUACCCCUGCCAACUGCACAUAUGAGGAUUUGGUUGGCACCUGGAUUUUCCAGGUGUCCGAAGGCGGAAAAGAUCGCGACAUAAACUGCACUACGAUGGGCCCCACUGUGAAAACUGUGACAGUUCAUCUUGAAAAGCUAUCCGUGGCCUCGGACGACCUGGGGAACACGGGGUUCUUCACUCUUAUCUACAAUCAAGGCUUCGAAGUUGUCUUGUCGGAUUACAAGUGGUUCGGAUUUUUCAAGUACAAACAGGAGGAGUCUGAGGUGACCAGCUACUGUGACCAGACGCUUCCAGGAUGGGUCCAUGAUGUUCUUGGGCACAACUGGGCCUGCUUCAUUGGGAAGAGGGUGACUGCAGUUCCCCGGAGAACCUCCCCCAGCAACCAUCCAGACUUCAAACAAAGUUUGCUCUUUCAGCGCCCCUACAAACACAACCAUGACUUUGUGCGUGCGAUCAACACUGUUCAGAAGUCCUGGAAGGCCACAGCCUACAGCGAGCAUGAAGGCUUCACCAUUGAGGAGCUGAUCCGCAGAGCUGGUGGCCGGGACUCUCGCAUUCCAAGGCGUGUGAAGCCUGCCCCUGUGACAGCUGAGGCAGCCAAGCUGGCUGCAGGCUUGCCUGAGCACUGGGACUGGAGAAAUGUCAAUGGCGUCAACUAUGUCAGCCCUGUCCGCAACCAAGCCUCUUGUGGCAGCUGCUACUCCUUUGCCUCUAUGGGAAUGAUGGAGGCUCGAAUCCGCAUCCGGACCAACAACACCCAGCAGCCCGUCUUCAGCCCGCAGCAGGUGGUGUCCUGCUCCCAGUACUCCCAAGGUUGUGAUGGUGGCUUCCCAUACCUUAUUGGCAAAUACAUCCAGGACUUCGGCGUUGUUGAAGAGAGCUGCUUCCCCUAUAUUGGGUUUGAUUCGCCCUGUACCCUGAAGCCAGAGUGCCUGCGUUACUACACCUCCGAGUACCACUACGUGGGCGGGUUCUACGGCGCGUGCAAUGAGGCCGCCAUGAUGGCGGAGCUGGUGAGGGACGGCCCCAUGGGCGUGGCCUUUGAGGUCUACCCCGACUUCAUGCACUACAAGGAGGGCAUCUAUCACCACACGGGUCUUACAGAUGAGUUCAAUCCCUUUGAGCUGACCAAUCAUGCGGUGCUGCUGGUGGGCUAUGGGAAGUGCCACAUGACCGGGCAGAAGUACUGGAUCGUGAAGAACAGCUGGGGCACCGGGUGGGGUGAGGGCGGGUACUUCCGCAUCCGCAGGGGUUCCGACGAGUGCAGCAUCGAAAGCAUCGCUGUGGCGGCCAUGCCUAUCCCAAAGCUGUAGGUCCCAGAGGAGGUGUGCCAGUCCAACCCACUGCAAUCACUGAAUAAUGCUGAAUAAUUUUAAAUCUCAACUGCAAGAUGUUUUAAAGGGAAUUAAAAAUGUCUUUGAAUUUUUUAAAUGAAUAGAUUUGUGCUGUCCCCCUGUGCCAUUUAAAUCAGGAAACCGCAUGUACCAAACUACACAGGGAGGCUUAUUUGAAAAUUGAUUUUUGUCGAUAGUACGUAUGGUACCUUUCAGUGCAGCAGACUUUUGAGGAAGACAACUGAUCAACAGAAUUUUAAACACCAUAUACUACAUGGAAGGUUUGGGUUUUUCUGUUGGUUUUCUAUAGGGAAUUAUCCACUCGGUUUGAUCAGAUUUACCUCAUCAGUUGCUUCAUUUUGUUGAAAACCUCAGGACACCACAGGUUUGACUCGAAUCAAGCACCAUUUGCCCCUUUCCUUUUGCCACACAAAGGGAAACUCAUGUGGAAGCAGCAAUUGCUAGGGAAGAGUUUUCUGUCAUGCAUUUGUAAAGGGAAAAUGUCUGUUUGUUGGUGUGUCUUGAUUAGCAUAAAAUAGUUUUGCUUGUUUGAUGUAAUUUUAUAGAAAUCCUUGCACUUAAGGUUUUAGAGUGUUAUACAUUGUGUGGGGGGAGG